AAGUGCUAAUACCUUAACUGCACACACACACACACACGUAGGAGAGAACAGCUUUAGUGAGGAUUUGCUCUGUAUUAACCCUGAAAGGGGACAGAGAGCCUGCUGGAGUACAAGGAAGACAGACUAGACAGACGUGUACAAGACAGACACAAACAAGUUUAUUUUGCAAAAAACAAAUAGUACAAGAUGGGUAGGGAGUGCAGCAGGGGGAUUAAAGUGAGAUGUAGUGUAGGUUGAAGUAGAUUUCCUCAAAGCAACAGCUAAUGACUCCAAAGACUGGCACUAAAAGAAAGAAAUCUGCUGUCCACAGACGGAAGGACGGAGCAGUAUGGGACAGGACACCCUAAUGUGCCACUCAUGUACGCUUACACAUGUUCCCACAGGGAUAAACGCAGGUCCUGUCGACUGCAACCCUACACACCAAACGACAACCUGAACAAUGCAUUAGGCGCUAUCAGAGUCCUUGGUUUCGAACUGAUUGAGGACGAACUUAAACCACAUCUGAACACAGUGCUGACCAACAUUAAGGAGAGGAACAAAGGCGCUGCUGAACAGGUUGUGAUCAGUGGGAUCUUGCCAAUUCUGGCGCUGUCUCUGAGGAGCAGAGGGCCUCUCACUCUGCUGACUGCAAAACUAGUGGCUGAACUCGCCAAGGAAUCUGUGGUUCGUAAAGGUUUUGGUGACGCAGGUCUGGUUCCGGCUCUGUUGUCUGUGCUGACCAGUAAAGACCAAGAACUGCUCCUUCACGCUACAAGAGCCAUCUCACGCAUUUCUUAUGACAGCUCUAAGCUGCAGGAACUGUUUCUACGUCGAGGUGCAGUGCCCCGUCUUGUUGCCAUCCUACUCCGAUUUCCUGACAAGGAGGCCCUGGAGGAGGUGUGCCUUCAGGCCCUCUGUAACAUCAGUGGAAUGGGAGUGGCAGAGGAGGCUGGAAUGGUCUGGGAGAGAGGGGCAUCUGUGAGGCCAGGGGAGUCUGUUUUUCAUGGUGUCUCUCCUCACACCUGUGGCUUUGCCUCCUCUGUGACUCUGGUGUGUGUGUCUCAAUGGGCACCAGGUCAGUAUGCGGUCAACAUUGAGGUUUUCCAGCGCUGCUCCUCCUCUUUCUGGAACCUUCACGGCAACAAACGAACUGCUCGUUGGUUCCCGUUCUCCAGUUUGGGACGCUGUUCAAAUCUGUACAAGGUGAUCAAGUUCUCUACGAGGAAUGUUCCCCGAACCAAAAGUCUGAAGGCUCGCAUGUUCCACACUUUCCUCUGACAGCUAAAAUACUGCAAACAUGGUGGCCUAACCUAAUACAAAACGCUGAGGGGAUUACUACAACCUCUCUAAUUACACAACCAAUUAUUGGUACGCCCCAAAACUUCAGGGUAAUGUUUACACACCAUAAACCUGGACAUGCACACUUGGACAUGUUCAAACUGUAAAUGCUUCCUAAUGUCUCUUGUCUAUUCCUGUUGACCGCCCGCUUACAGUAAAACACAGUCAGUCAUAGCUCAUUUCAGCGACUCUUUAUUAUACUCCUUAUUUACUGUUAUCGGAUCCUAUGCCACGCGGUACUGUUUGUUUUCUUGAAAAUGCUAUAAUGCAAUGACAAUUAUGUAUCUAAACCUUAAAAAUGAAUGCUAUGAUGAGGUCCUUGCUGUUAAUUUGUUCACAAGUGCUUGAAAUAAUUGUGAAUCUCUUUCAUUGGCAGCAAUAUUGAUAAUGUUUUUUUCUACAGUGCAAGUGUAUCAUUUUUGAUUAUUGCUCAUUCAACUUUACCCUACAUGUUUGAUUAUUUGGAUAUCUUUGACAGCCACUUUAAAUAAUAAAAUACCUUGACUUUUAA